UACCGGACGAGAAGUGUUCCCAUUAUGAAAACGCCGAAGGCCACAGUGAGUCAGAGCCUAUCAGAAUCCACCACACGGCGAGCACUUAUCUACGGUAUCCAGGACGAUAAUGGAACAGAGUUCCAGAAUUUCUCCCUGGACCUGACUCCUCCCCCAGAUGUAUACUUCAAAACACUACCGGGAACCAGUGAUGGAAUGAACGUCCUUGGAAUUGUGAUCUUCUCAGCCACCAUGGGUAAUAAACAAACAUACACACACACAGGCAUGCACGCAUGCGCACACACAUACAUAAUACACACACAAAACAACUCACACACACAUACAUAAUACACACACAAAACAACUCACACACACAUACAUAAUACACACACAAAACACCUCACACACACUCUCCAUUUUCCUCUCCAUUAUUUGUGACAUUUCCUGAAAUCUUUUGCUUACAUUACGUUGUUGUUUUAGUUCAGAUGUCAAGCAAGGCCUAAAUCACUGUCGGCAGAAAUGAGCACUUUUCUCACUUGUCUAAUGAUGUGUACUAUGUGAGCAGUGUCCUGUCCUGCGUCACUGACAUGCUGUAUAUUUUGACAGGUAUAAUGCUGGGCAGGAUGGGGCCUAAUGGCAGCGCCUUGGUCAACUUCUGCCAGAGCCUAAACGAGGCUGUCCUGAAGAUCGUUGCUAUCGUCAUCUGGUAAGGAUUUGACUACACUAUACAGCAACUAGGACAUCAAGUUUUUCCAGACCAUAUAAAGUGAUCCUUAUCAGGAAAAACUCCAGGUCCUAACUGUAACACAUAGAUGUGUAGACAUAUGGCACAGACAUCACAGACAUUUCUAACUGCAUUCAUCACAGACAGCCAAACACCCUGGGGUUGAAUCUGAAAUGACAACCUAUUCCCUAUGUAGUGCACUACUGCCAAAAUUAGUGCAGUAAAUAUGGAAUAGUGUCCAUGGAAUAGUGUCCAGGAUCCUUGUUACAAAUUCUGCAUGGCUGUGUGUAUGACCUCUGACCCUGCUCCUCCUUUCCUGACUAGGUACUUCCCAUUCGGCAUUGUGUUCCUGGUGGCCGGUAAGAUCCUGGAGAUGAGCGACCCGUCAGCCAUGGGUAAGAAGCUGGGCUUCUACGCUGUCACGGUGGUCUUCGGUCUGAUCCUCCAUGGGCUCUUCAUCCUCCCGGCCAUGUACUUCUUCAUCACCAAGAAGAGCCCCAUCGUUUACAUCAGGGGCAUCCUGCAGGCCCUGCUCAUCGCCCUGGCAACAUCCUCCAGGUAAACAACAACUCUGACCCAACCUUAACACUAGCCCUGACCCUUAACUUAUCAUGCGCAUCAGUGGAAUACUGCAGGCCCUGCUCACCGCCCUGGAAACCUCAUCCAGGUAAACAACAACAACAAACCUAACUUUGACCCUAGGCAUAACCUUAGUGCUUACCCUAACCCUAACCCUAACCCAUUGUCUACAUCUGGGGCAUCCUGCAGGCGCUUCUCAUCACCCUGGCAACAUCCUCCAGGUAAGGCACAUUGCUGGGGCAACAGCCCCCUCAUGAACAUGUAACAGAUGGGAUCUGUAACCUCACUCCUCAGCCUGAAAUGUCUCCACUCGUGUUGCCAAAAUGCCAGCUUUUCAGUGGCGCGACUGGUUAAAAAUGUUUCAGGAGGGUGAUCAUGUGUGUUUACGAGGCAGAGGUCCUGGGUUCAAGUCUUGGUGUGAGCUGGAGCAGGAGGAAGUGGUACUGCUAAGCAGCACAUUAACGUCUGCCACGUACACAUCGCCCUGGCAACAUCUUCCAGGUGAAGAGGUCAGACUCAGGGCAUGUACAUGAAUUGCUUAAUCAGUGUUAUUCUGUGAGUUGACUGGACUUCAAAAGGACAAGAAUUUGAGCUAAUGUGUUAGUUUGUUUACUCAACAAACUCUGCUCGAAGUGAGCUGAAUUUAAACAAGAUUGUUAAGUAAAAUUACAAAUUCACGUUUGCUCAAAACCACUGAAACCCAUGCCCAUCAUUAUCAUAUUUCCCAGCAUGCUCUAUACCAGGUUGAUUUUCAGAAUGUUUUAUUUUAAUACCUGUGUUUUUGCAUGUACAUUGAUUGGUUGAUUAAUCUUAUGCUACACAAACAUAAAUAAUAUACAUUUUUCUAAACUACUACAAUCUGUUAGUAGUUGGACUUAUCGCACCCAUUACUGAUAUGGCUGUUCCAGUUUAUAUGAUUUAGGUAGUCUCAAUAAGCAAUCUUGCCUACCCCAGCAAUCUUUCUCAAUACAGGUUGCGGGUGAUUAAAAAGUUCAAAUUGUUGGAUAUCCUCACUCCAAUAGGAUUUACACAUCACUUUGUGACUUGCAGGCUUGAUGUGGCCUGUAAACCAGGAGCUUCAGACCACUGUGUUAGGGUGUAACUAGGCCCUCAAAGAAAGGCUUUAUUACUGGAUGUAAUGUAUUGCCAUAAAUAGUUUUUUUAAGAUAACAUAUUCACUUCGACACUCACUUGGUGAAGGCUACAGGACUGAAAGCCAAUGAAUACAACAACCAUGUCUGUGUACUAACAAAUACAGGCAUGGGUGGUAAGUAACUACAAUUUACUUGAAAGGCACACUGUGAAAUAUGCAAAUAAGGUAGAAUAAAUUCUCAAGUUGAAUUGUACACUGAGUGUACAUUAAGGACACCUGCUCUUUCCAUGACAUAGACUGACCAGGUGAAAGCUAUGAUCCCUUAUUGAUGUCACUUGUUAAAUCCACUUCAAUCAGUGUAGAUGAAGGGGAGGACACCGGUUCAAGAAGGAUUGUUCAGCCUUGAGUCAAUUAAGACACGGAUUGUGUAUGUGUUCCAUACAGAGGGUGAUUGGGCAAGACAAAAUAUUUAAGUGCCUUUGAACAGGGUAUGGUAGUAGGUGCCAGGCGCACUGGUUUGUGUCAAGAACUGCAACGCUGCUGGGUUUUUCACACUCAAAAGUUUCCCGUAUGUAUCAAGAAUGGUCCACCACCCAAAGGAAAUCCAACCAACUUGACAAAACUGUGGGAAGCAUUGGAGUCAACAUGGGCCAGCAUCCCUGUGGAACACUUUCGACACCUUGUAGAGUCCAUGCCCCAACGAAUUGAGGCUGUUCUGAGGGCAAAUUUGGGAUUUUCAACACAUUAAUGUUGCUUAUAAAAAGAAGAAGUGAUGCAGAGGAUGGAGGUGAGAGGAGGGGGGAGGGAGGUGAAGGGAGGGAGGUGAGAGGAGGAAGGAGGUAGGUGAGAGGAGGGAGGUGAAGGGAGGGAGGUGAGAGGGGGGGAGGAGGGAGGUGAGAGGAGGGAGGUGAGUUGAGAGGAGGGAAGAGGGAGGUGAGAUGAGGAGGAGGGAGGUGAGAGGAGGGAGGUUGAAGGGAGGGAGGUGAGAGGAGGGAGGUGAAAGGAGGGAGGUGAAGGGAGGGAGGUGAGAGGAGGGAGGAGGGAGAAGGGGAGGUGAGACAAGGGAGGUAAGUUGAGAGGAGGGAGGUGAGAGGAGGGAAGAGGGAGGUGAGAUGAGGAGGGAGGAGGUGAGAGGAGGGAAGUGAAAGGAGAGAGGUGAGAGGAGGGAGGUGAGUUGAGAGGUGAAGGGAGGAGGGAGGAGGGAGGAGGGAGGGUGGAGAGCAGGGAGGAGGGAGGAGGGAGGAGGGAGGAGGGAGGAGGGAGGAGGGAGGAGGGAGGUGAGAGCAGGGAAGAGGGAGGUGAGAGCAGGGAGGAGGAAGAAGGGAGGAGGGUGAGAGCAGGGAAGAGCGAGGUGAGAGGAGGGAAGAGGGAGGUGAGAGCAGGGAGGAGGGAGGAGGGAGGAGGGAGGAGGGAGGAGGGAGGUGAGAGGAGGGAAGAGGGAAGAGGGAAGAGGGAAGAGGGAGGUGAGAGGAGGGAGGAGGGAGGUGAGAGGAGGGAGGUGAAGGGAAGGAAGAGGAAGAUGGGAGGAGGGAAGAGAUCAGAACACAUCUGGUGUGUGUUGGAGGAAACGGGAGCUGUGUGUGUGUGUGUGUGUGUGUUAGUGUGUGUGUGUGUGUGUGUGUGUGUGUGUGUGUGUGUGUGUGUGUCUUUUGUGCGUGCGUAACCUUCAUGUCUGUCCACUGAGAAUACUUAUAGGUUAAGCAGACAGACAUCCAAAGAAGAAACAAACAUUACAUCUCAACUUGCUGUGUGUUCUGAGAUUGCACACUUACGGAGAAGUCAUUCUGCAGGUUUCAUAGGAUUCAUAAGGGGGUUAUUUUGGAGUUAAUCAUGAAACUUAACAGCUGCUGUAAAUGCACCAUCUGUUCUCCCCAAAGCAGAAUAAAGGUUCAUAGUAAUUGUUUGCUCUUCUAAGCUUUAUUAACAUAAUGAAGUACACUACUCUUAAUACAUUUAAAUUUUAAAUAACAGGUGGUUAUGUCUUAUGGCAAUAAAACCACAAAUAACCUGUCUCAUGACUUGAUUUCCUGUUGUUGUUGUUGUCCUUUAAUGUGUCAUCCUCCUCCAUCUCUCUACAGCUCUGCCACACUGCCUAUCACCUUUAGCUCUAUGUUGUCCUCCUUUAUCUCUCUACAGCUCUGCCACACUGCCUAUCACCUUUAGCUCUAUGUUGUCCUCCUUUAUCUCUCUACAGCUCUGCCACACUGCCUAUCACCUUUAGCUCUAUGCUGUCCUCCUUUAUCUCUCUACAGCUCUGCCACACUGCCUAUCACCUUUAGCUCUAUGUUGUCCUCCUUAUCUCUCUACAGCUCUGCCACACUGCCUAUCACCUUUAGCUCUAUGUUGUCCUCCUUAUCUCUCUACAGCUCUGCCACACUGCCUAUCACCUUUAGCUCUAUGUUGUCCUCCUUUAUCUCUCUACAGCUCUGCCACACUGCCUAUCACCUUUAGCUCUAUGUUGUCCUCCUUUAUCUCUCUACAGCUCUGCCACACUGCCUAUCACCUUUAGCUCUAUGCUGUCCUCCUUUAUCUCUCUACAGCUCUGCCACCUUCAACUUGGUGUUGUCUUCCUCGGUCUCUCCCCAGCUUUAAUGUUGUCUAUCCCUCUAUGUCUCUCCAGCUCUGCCACGCUGCCUAUCACCUUCAAGUGCCUCCUGGAGAACAACCACAUCGACCGACGCAUUAUCCGCUUCGUGCUCCCAGUGGGCGCCACCAUCAACAUGGACGGGACGGCGCUCUACGAGGCCGUGGCAGCCAUCUUCAUCGCCCAGGUCAAUAACUACGAGCUGGACUUUGGACAAAUCAUAACCAUCAGGUAACAGGGAGAAAUGAACGGCUUUUAUAGUAUAGGCCAUCUUUUACUGAACAUAUAAAUAUAUGCUUCAUAAUUCUACUGUAUUUGAACAUACUGUAUAAAGAAGAAGAGAGGCAUUUAAAGCAGGGGUCCUCUGUCUGUAUCCAGCCCAGCAACACACAAUGAAACACACAGGUGUCUGCGGUUAGCCCGCAUGGAGAAGAUUUAUCUGUUACGGAAAUAUACAAAUGUUAGUCACUGAUUCCAGUCACCAUCAUAAAUGAACUAUAUCAGGGAUGGGCAACUCCAAGGGGCCGGAGUGGGGGGGCCGGAGUUGUGUCACACUUUUCCCCCAUCCCUAGCAAACACAGCUGAUCAAACUAACUGCAUUCUAAACUGAAAAUCAUGAUUAGUUCAUUAUUGGAGUCAGGUUUGUUAGUUGGGGCUGGGGCAAAAGCGUGACACCAAUCAGGCCCCCAAGGACUGGAGUUGCCCAUCCCUUGCCUAUAGCAUACUGGGUAUCUCCUUACUGGCAGGGAGGCGAUGGUGAUAAGCUACAUAGGUUUUAAAGGGUGAUCCUCAGCUGACUAAAAUAGACUUUUAGAUGUUCUGCCAGGCAACAGUUAUCUAAAGUUACAUGUCUCUUACAGUUUUGAAGUGACUAAUGGCAUUAAUAUAAGCCACAUGUUUCAAAAAUGUUUGCUCGCAAUGCGGUGGGGAGGGUGGGAGUUCAGAUUUUUUGUGGCCCCCCACCCCGAUCAAAGUUGCCCAUCCCUGAAUUAGAUGAACAGAUGGACUAUGCCAAGAACGAGGGGGAAAUAAGGGUGAGGAACUACUGUUCCAAAUACACUGAGGGCAGAGAGAGAGAGAGACGGACAGAGAGAGAGACAGAGACAGACAGAGAGCGAGACAGAGGCGGAGAGAGAGAGAGACAGACAGAGAAAGAGAGACACAGAGGAGAGAACAGACACAGAGAGGGGAGAGACAGAUACAGGGACAGAGGAGCAGAGACAGACCAGAGAGAGACAAGAGGAGAUGGACAGAGAGAGAGAGGAGAACAGAUAGAAAGAGAGAGAGAGAGAAGAGGAGAGAGGAGAGGAGGAGAGAUAUGAGAUAUAUAGAUGAGAGAGAGAGGGAGAGAGAGAGAGGAGAUACGAAGAGAGAGAGAGAGAGGAGAGAGAGAGAGAAGAGAGCAGAGAGGAGGAGAUGAGCGAGUGAGAGAGAGAGAGAGAGAGAGAGAGAAUGGAUAGAGGGAGAGAGAAGUGCUAGAGAGAGAGAGAGACGGAGAGAGAGAGAUGGAGAGAGAGAGAGAGAGAGAGAGAGAGAGAGAGAGGAGAUGGACACAGAGAGUAAAGUGCUCAGUGAUGGCAGAGGAAGGCAGGAUAGUGCAAAGUAAUUGGGGAUCAAAAUAGAACGUCCCUGUAUUUUUCAGCCUCGUCGUGUUUUUGGCCUUGAAUCCCCUCCCUGCCAUAGGGACCCCAGCUUAAUGCUAUUAAAGUAGAUGGAAUUGCGUCUCUAUUUUCAACAAACAACAAGGCUAAAAGCAUGAAGGAUCUAAACUCCAUCUUCCUGUCUAAAGCUACAGUACAUAACAUUCGCAAAUCACACAGACUCCAUUUUCAAAGCAGGAUGCAUUGGUUGUCUUUAUGUGUUUCAUAAUAUUCAUGUAAAUCAGAAACUAGCCCUAUUCCCUUUGAAAUCAUAUAACUUUACUUCAACAGUAUCAACCAGGAACGCAGUUGAUGAUUUCCAUUAAUAUUAUGAAACACACAUAAAGACAACCAAUUCAUCCUGCUUUAUAAAUUGAGUCUGUGUGUCGCAUAUGUUAUGUAGCUAUAAAUAGGAAGAUGGAGUUUAGUUCCUUAAUGCUUUUAAACUAUUUCAAAGGGAUUAGGGCUAGUUUCUAUGUGCUUCAAAUGUAACAACGGUUCAUUCAAAUAUUAUGGUUCAUGUCAGCCAAUGCAACAUAUAGCAACAUUAUGGCAACAUUAUGACCACAUUGACAAUAAGUAACAAAGUACUAUGUGAACAUAUAGAUAUGGGCUAUUUUCCAAUAUCCAGGUGAGCAUCCUGCUUAGAAUGAAGCACUGUAUUGGGCAUGAAUUUAUGGUGGUAUGCUAGUGUAAAUAAAACCAGAGGGAACAUGGCUAAGCAGUAUGGUUUGGUAUAGAGAAACUCUACCAGGGAACUCUUUAUGCUACAUCAGUUAUUGUAUAGAGUAUGGUAUAAUGGAGUUUAUCCCACCUCUCUCUGUCUUCCAGCAUCACAGCCACAGCAGCCAGCAUCGGUGCUGCAGGAAUUCCACAGGCUGGUCUGGUCACCAUGGUGAUCGUGCUAACAUCAGUUGGGUUGCCAACUGAUGAUAUCACUCUCAUCAUUGCAGUGGAUUGGGCAUUGUGAGUACCAUAUGGGAUCCACUUCCUCUAUUGUCAGUCUUAUAAUUGAUUUUCGAUUCCAUGUUAUGUGACGUAUUCUGUGCGUAGGAUGCAUCAAUGAUUAUUUCUGAAGUGGUGUGAGAGAGUUUGUUUAUGUAGCAUUAUUCAGAUGCUACCUAAUUAUGGUAAUGUGGAGACAUAUGUGACCGACUGGCUCGAUUCGGUCUUAUGUAGCAAUCUGAAAAUGUUGUGAAGCCACGCCCAUUUUCUGAAGUAUUGCAUUUUGGGCCCUAAAAGCACGGAAAUAGUGUCCACUGCUUGUAUAUUUUGAAUUUUGGCAAAUGUAGUACGACAUCCGGGAACUUCUGGCAUACUAACUAUAUCCAUGCUAUGACCAAUAAGCAUACUACAUACUUAAUUUACAUCACAAAUAGUAAGGUUUGUGCAGUUAGUAUGAGUAUUCGAACACAUCUAUGGUGUUUUUUACAUUGGAUAAAAGUAGAAACUCAGAGCUAGAAAAUUGUAUAUCAUACACUACAGUUGAGGAACAAUGGGAAAGUAAUUAUGCUUUGAAAGUUCAGAAACUUGUAACCCCACUUUUGAGAAUAUGGCCCUUCAAUGUUUUGGUACACCUACUGGAGAGCUCUUCUUUGUCUACACCCAUUUACCAUUGUUCACACCCUCUUAAGCCUUAGCCCCACUCAUCUCUUUAUGGAUUCACAUGUGAGGCCAUGUGCUAAACAGAGUGAGUACCAAACAACCAAAGAUUUCAAGACUAAAGGCUGGUUCAUACUACAUCUAUCGACAUGUCUGUAGACAGUUGUCGCAGUGACAUCAAGAACAUUUUAUUGUCGUCCGACAUCAAACUUGUCGUUGUCGUUAUGAAAAAGUAUAAACACAAAAACGACAGGCUGCAUGACAUCAGCAGCCUGGUGGUCCAAAACAGCAUAGCUGGUGUAUUUUAACAACAAUAAACCCAUCAGUUUAAACAUUAAUUUAGUAUGUGUCAAUCUAGCAAACCAGGCAACUAAAAGCAACUUUUGAAACAAUGUUUUGGUUAGUUUCUAGCUUGUUAGCUAGCAAGCCAGCUCAAAUAAUGAUCAUAUCAUAGCUGACAACGUCUUAACUUUAGCUAAGGGCUCCCUAGUGGCGCAGCGGUCUAAGGCACUGCAUCUUAGUGCUUGAGGCGUCACUACAGACCCCCUGUUUCGAUUCCAGGCUGUAUCACAACCGGCCGUGAUUGGGAGUCCCAUAGGGCGGCGCACAAUUGGCCCAGCGUCGUCUGGGUUUGGCCAGUGUAGGCCAUCAUUGUAAAUAAGAAUUUGUUCUUAACUGACUUGCCUAGUUAAAUAAUAAAAAAUGUGUGUGAAUUAUUACAGGAAAAUAAAAUCACAACAAGAUCAUUAUUUACAAGUUAAUGGCAAGCUAAUUACAGAAAAAUAGCUUGGUUGUGAGUGUGAUUAAAUAAUACUGUCUCUGGUAAACACAUGCUAAAUACAAUCAAAGUUUAUUUGUCACAUGCACAGGAUACAGAAGGUGUAAAGGGUACAGUGAAAUGGUUACUUGCAUAGUGGAGUCUUUUGUUUAGACAUGUAGCUAGCUAAACAAUGAACCAUAAUCCCAACUCAUAACGUUACUACCCUGCAUGAAUCUGAAGGUAGCUGAAGCUAACCAACUUGGUUCAAUGUUAGCGAGCUAGCUAACAGUAGGCUAUAAAUAGCAAUGCAAAUGGCUCUGAAAUACGAAUAAUAUUACUACACAGAUAAUACAUGUAACGUUAGCUAGCGAGCCAGCCAGCUAGCGUUAGCUAGCUAGCUAAAAGGAAGCUGUAACUUGCAAUGAAAACGACUUUGUGACAAAAUUAGAAACAUAUAAUAUCUGAAAAUAUUGCUAGCUAGACUCUCUUACCCAUAUACAUGGAUGAACGCUUCUCCCUCUCUGUCACGGAUGCCAUGGUAGCCCUUAGUUUGAAGAUGUAGCUAUUCCGGAGACAGGUGUUUCAUACAACAGCCUUCUGUGUGUUCUCUUUUUGACUCCUUCCGCAUAUUUGCAAUCAAACUACAGAAUUUUCUCCAUCUCCUUGGCUAUCCUAUUCUGCUUCCACCGGGCAUUCCACUUAUUUCAAAACUCAGUCCUCCAGAAAGUGCAGAGCAUUAGCAACACUUUUGCAGUUCUUCGUGAUAUAUUUUUUUUAAAGCAGUGUUAGAAAGGAUUACCUACAUAUACUGAACAGCUCAUGUUAUAGACAGAAGUACGGCAGAAGAAACGCCUAGUUUCCUGAAACGAGUCACAUAUACAUUUGACAUUUUAGUCAUUUAGCAGACGCUCUUAUCCAGAGCAACUUACAUUUAUAGAAGUCAUUAAUCAUUGUGUAGCAGAGGUACAGUCGCCACAUAUACAUGAACAUUAACUAUAGAAAUAAAUCAGAUGAAAUUAGAUGUGUAAUAACAUCCUGUUGGAUGUAAUAUCGACAUAUCAUAGUCACCCUUUACAUAACAGUGAAACUGUAAAUGAGUAGAUGUGUUUUUUACUCCAAUACAUUUCAUUUCUGUAUAGAAUUAUGAUACAGUUCCCAUCUUUAUUUGUGAACUUCUUCAUUUAUACACACACACACACACAGACACAGACACACACACACACACACACACACACACACACACACACACACACACACACACACACACACACACACACACACACACACACACACACACACACACACACACACACACACACACACACACACACACACACACACACACACACACACACCUCUUAUUCUAAAUCUGUUUUUCCUGCUCGCCUUCUGCUUCCAGAGACAGAUUCCGGACCAUGGUGAAUGUUAUGGGGGAUGCAUUGGCUACAGGUAUCAUGGCCCACAUCUGCAGAAAAGACUUUAUCAAGGAAGGAGAUGGUGUGAGUAGCUGCCUGUCUUAUACCCUUUUCACACUAUUGUGCUGAGCAGAGCCGUACUGUGCUGAGCCGAGAAGUACUGUGCUGAGCAGAGCCGUACUGUGCUGAGCAGAUCCGUACUGUGCUGAGCAGAGCCGUACUGUGCUGAGCCGAGACGUACUAUGCUGAGUCGAGCCGUACUGUGCUGGCUCAGAUUUUUUUUUUAUCACACUGUCAUGCUGAGGCGUACUGUGCUUCAGAUAUUUUUCCAGCAUGGUUCCAGCAACAAUGACCAGCACAGUACGGCUCGGAUUGGCUCGGCUCAUUAGUGUUACUAUACCUGCCGCCAUCAUGGAACCUAGCUAGUUCCCCACAGUCAAACUCCUGUCGAUAUUGAGCUUCCUCAGGAAGAGAGCUGAUGGCAAAGACACACUGAGUAACCUGGCUGCUAGAUCAAAUUGUCACACUCUGCUUAAUGCCAAUGCUAUGGCUCAGAGCUCAGAGCGACAUGACUGUAUUCUGUCAAAAACAAUAGUGUGAAUAUCUGACGUUAGUGCUUUAUCGGGAGUCGUGAUUUUAGUCAUACGUUCUUUAAAAAAACUGCUUAUCUUUAUCAUUUUGAAUUCAAGGACGCAUUUUGACGAGGACAAGGUUCUUGUUGUUUGAUAGUUGAAAACCUUGCAAACCUUUUCCAUCUACAAAAAUAUUUCAGCAUAAAGACUGUGGUGGCCUUAUCAUGACGCACAUUCUUUUUCAACACAAAUGGAUGCGCUGGAGACUCACUCACUAUGUUUUGUAUGAGGUACAGUUGAAGUCAGAAGUUUACAUACACUCCACAAAGUUCUUGUUAACAAACUAGAGUUUUGGCAAGUCAGUUAGGACAUCUACUUUGUGCAUGACACAAGUAAUUUUUCCAAUAAUUGUUUACAGACAGAUUAUUUCAAUUAUAAUUCACUGUAUCACAAUUCCAGUGGGUCAGAAGUUUACAUACACUAAGUUGACUGUGCCUUUAAACAGCUUGGAAAAUUCCAGAAAAUGAUGUCAUGGCUUUAGAAGCUUCUGAUAGGCUAAUUGACAUCAUUUGAGUCAAUUGGAGGUGUACCUGUGGAUGUAUUUCAAGGCCUACCUUCAAACUCAGUGCCUCUUUCCUUGACAUCAUGGGAAAAUCAAAAGAAAUCAGCCAAGACCUCAGAAAAAAAAUUGUAGCCCUCCACAAGUCUGGUUCAUCCUUGGGAGCAAUUUCCAAAUGCCUGAAGGUACCACGUUCAUCUGUACAAACAAUAGUACGCAAGUAUAAACACCAUGGGACCACGCAGCUGUCAUACCGCUCAGGAAGGAGACGCGUUCUGUCUCCUAGAGAUGAACGUACUUUGGUGUGAAAAGUGCAAAUCAAUCCCAGAACAACAGCAAAGGACCUUCUGAAGAUGCUGGAGGAAACAGGUACAAAAGCAUCUAUAUCCACAGUAAAACAAGUCCUAUAUCAACAUAACCUGAAAGGCCGCUCAGCAAGGAAGAAGCCACUGCUCCAAAACCGCCAUAAAAAAGCCAGACUACGGUUUGCAACUGCACAUGGGGAUAAAGAUCGUACUUUUUGGAGAAAUGUCCUCUGGUCUGAUGAAACAAAAAUAGAACUGUUUGGCCAUAAUGACCAUCGUUAUGUUUUGAGGAAAAAGGGGGCCCUUGCAAGCCGAAGAACACCAUCCCAACCGUGAAGCACGGGGGUGGCAGCAUCAUGCUGUGGGGGUGCUUUGCUGCAGGAGGGACUGGUGCACUUCACAAAAUAGAUGGCAUCAUGAGGAAGGAAAAUUAUGUGGAUAUAUUGAAGCAACAUCUCAAGACAUCAGUCAGAAGUUAAAGCUUGGUCGCAAAUCGGUCUUCCAAAUGGACAAUGACCCCAAGCAUACUUCCAAAGCUGUGGCAAAAUGACUUAAUGACAACAAAGUCAAGGUAUUGGAGUGGCCAUCACAAAGCCCUGACCUCAAUCCUAUAGAAAAUGUGUGGGCAGAACUGAAAAAGCGUGUGCGAGCAAGGAGGCCUACAAACCUGACUCAGUUCUCCUGACAGCUCUGUCAGGAGGAAUGGGCCAAAAUUCACCCAACUUAUUGUGGGAAGCUUGUAAAAGGCUACCCGAAACGUUUGACCCAAGUUAAACAUUUUAAAGGCAAUGCUUCCAAAUACUAAUUGAGUGUAUGUAAACUUCUGACCCACUGGGAAUGUGAUGAAAUAAAUAAAAGCUGAAAUAAAUAAUUCUCUCUACUAUAAUUCUGACAUUUCACAUUAUUAAAAUAAGGUGAUGAUCCUAACUGACCUAAGAAAACUUUACUAGGAUUAAAUGUCAGGAAUUGUGAAAAACUGAGUUUAAAUGUAUUUGGCUAAGGUGUAUGUAAACUUCCGACUUCAACUGUAUGUCUGGAAACGUUUGACUGAUAAUGUCUAUCUGUAUUCCUCUACAUUUUACCCCAAUUUGUCUCCAUAGAAGGGUAGAGUUCCCACAAAAGAUGAGAUGCAUACUGAAAACUAUAAUUGUCUCUGUAAGUCCGAUUCAUAGCUGUACUGGAGGACAGGUCUUAUUUUUGUACAUUCCUAAUAACAGAUUUUUUAUGAUCCGCCCACCUUUUUGCAUCUACUGCAGUUAAAGGCAUUCAUUUUAAUCAAAUCGCAUUCAAUUGUAUGUAUUCUUUUUAUUGAACAAAACAUACAUUGCUACAGAAUGUAGUAAUGCCAUGUAAUUUGAUGUCAACGCAUUUCAAAUGAGGUAUUUUGUUUUACUACAAUGUAAAAACAAUUUAAACUGAGCCAUGUUGGUUUAAAAAGCUGACUCUUCCGAAUGAAAAUGGAUCGCCCACCUUUUUGCAUCUACUGCAGUUAAAGGCAUUAAUUUUAAUCAAAUCGCAUUUAAUUGUAUGUAUUUUUUUAAUUGAACAAAACAUACAUUGCUACAGAAUGUAGUAAUGCCAUGGAAUUUGAUGUCAACGCAUAUCAAAUUAGGUAUUUUGUUUUACUACAAUGUAAAAACAAUUUAAACUGAGCCAUGUUGGUUUAAAAAGCUGACUCUUCCGAAUGAAAAUGGAUCACUUUUGUCUCUCACCGUUUCCCUCUCUCUCUCUCUCCCUCUCUCUCGCUUUCUUUUCAAUUUCUUUCAAUCUCUCCCCCUCCUUCCUGUCCUUGCGCUUUCUCUCUCUCUCUCUCUCGCUCUCUCACUCUAUUUCCAUUGCUCCUUCUUUCUCUCUCCUUCUAUUUUUCCACUCCCCCCCUCCCUCUCUCCUAGGUGCCUCUGAUCUGUGAGACCAAGCCCAUGAUAAACAUCCAGCAACAUACGAACUGUGAGAACAACAACGGUAGCACCCAGCCGCCGCCCCAGGGGUCAGGGGUCAAACCAGACGCCUUCCCCCCCGACGUGGCCCGCCUCAUGCAGCUGGAGGAAGGGGUGCGGCCCCCGCCCCCUCCGGAGAGGAAAAAGCCCCCCGUGCCUCCCAGGCAGCUGAAGAAGGAUAAGGACCACUGUGCCAUUGACAUGAAUGGCCUGGAGACCAACGUAUAG